AUGGCACCCCAAAAGUUCACUUGCGUGUUGCCUCUCUGCUCGAAACCCAUUCAGCGUAUCGUCGGCGACCGCAGCCUUUGCGCCAGCCGCUUCUGUGCCAAGCAUCGGCUGCCCGAGCAGCAUUCGUGCACGCGGCUGGAGGUGCACAAGAAGAAGGAGUUUGCGAGAAACGCGGAAAAACUGCUUUCGGAGAGGACGGUGGUUAGUCGGGGAUUAUGA